AUGCACAGCUCAUGCCAUUUUAAUGUCUUUACGUUUGUCUCAGGUAAAAGAAUCGUGGACAUCGAUGUGCCAGUCAACGGGUCUGUGAACAUCACAUCCCCAGACUACCCAGACAACUAUACCACAAACAUCCGUCUAACAUGGAUGAUCAGCGUUGCAGAGGGCCAAAGCGUAGUCUUGUUUUUCAGCCAUUUUGACCUGGAACCAGCCUACGACUACAUCAAGAUCGGUUUCGGAAAUGUUUCAGGACUCGAAGAGACUCGGUUGAUCACAGUCUCUGGGGUUUCACUUCCGUCGGAUAUCAAUACCCGGCAUCGGACAGCAUGGGUGGAAUUUGUAUCCGAUUCCGCUUUCGGUUUUUCCGGAUUCUCAAUUGAAGUUACUGGCAAAGCAUGUUCUGACCAUUCUUAA